AUGGGUGGUGGCUUUCCUUCCGGUGGAAGUUUCUAUCAUGGAGGACAUGGUAGUUCUUCUCCAGCUGAUACCAAAUUAUACGAUAUUCUUGGAGUAAAGCCAGAUGCUAGUGAUAGUGAAAUUAAAAAGGCUUACAGAAGAUUAGCACGUGAAUAUCAUCCUGACAAAAAUUCUGACCAUGGUGAUAAAUUCAAGGAAAUUUCUGCAGCAUAUGAAAUAUUAUCUGAUGAAAAUAAAAGGAAAAUUUAUGAUCAGCAAGGUAUGGAAGGACUUCGUGGCGGCGGCGGUGAUGGCGGCCCGGGCUUUGACAUUUUCGACAUGUUUGGGGAAUCAACAUUUGGAAGUUUCUUUGGUGGGGGAAGAUCUGGACCACCAAAGAAGAAGCGCGGUAGAGAUACUUUACACAAGUUAAGGAUUUCUUUAGUUGAUGCUUACAAAGGAAAAUUAUCCAAAUUAAAACUUUCUAGAAAAGUUAUAUGUCAAUCUUGUAAAGGUUUUGGAGGAGCCAAUGGAGUUAAACCUCAAACAUGUACUAAAUGUCAUGGUCGUGGUGUUUAUAUGAUGACAAGACGUGUUGGACCAGGAAUGAUAACAUCACAACAGGUUAGGUGUGAUGAAUGCAGAGGUGAAAGAGAAGUUCUGGCAGAAAAAGAUAAAUGCCGUAGUUGCUCUGGAGAGAAAAUUGUUGAUGAAACUAAAAUUCUUACUGUCGACAUUAUGCCGGGAGUUAAGCAAAAUCAAGAAUUUGUCUUUAAGGGUGAGGGUGAUCAGUAUCCCGGUGUUGAGACUGGUAAUGUCAAAAUUAUUGUUGAAAUUGAGAAGCAUCCCGAAUUUGAAAGGCAAGGAAGAGACUUGGUUUACAAUAAAACUUUAACUUUAACUGAAGCUUUGUGUGGAUUCGCAUUUACAAUCAAACAGCUAGAUGGACGCAUUCUACUUGUUGAAAAUCGACCAGGAAAUGUCAUUGAACCUGAUUCAGUUCGUUGUGUAUAUGGUGAAGGUAUGCCGUGGGUGGAAAAUCGUACACAAAAAGGUAAUCUUUAUAUUAAAUUUGAUAUUAAAUUCCCAACAAGUUAUUUCUUGAAAAAUGAAGAAGACUACAAAAAACUUGAAAAAUGUUUACCACCUAGACCAAAACCUGAAGGUAUGAACUUUAGUGCUGCAGAACAUGUGACACUUAAUGAGUGUGAAGGCGUUAACCUUAAUGGUGGCGGUGGUGGUGGUCGUAGAGGAGAAGCAUAUCAAGAAGACUAUGACGACGAAGAUAUGGACAAUGAGUCAGGACAUGGUCAUGGUGGUGUUGAAUGCAGGCAACAAUAG